UAAAUGCCAACAUUUUAGAAACGUUAAUUCCUGUGUGUCUCUCUCUUUCUCUGAUCCAAAAAUGGUGAAUCUAGUAGCAGCUCAGAAACCCCUUAUUAACUGGCUAAUGAAAAUGGCCGGUGUUGUUCCUCACACAGUAGAAAUCGAAUCAGGGACCACAAUGAACAUAUGGGUUCCAAUCGAAACACUCAAUCACAAGUCCUCAUCCAAAAUUAAACAACCCAAACCAGCCGUGGUCCUCAUCCACGGUUUCGCCGGCGAAGGGAUCGUCACGUGGCAAUUCCAAGUAGGACCCCUUGCUAAAAAGUACUCUGUUUACAUUCCCGACCUCCUCUUCUUCGGUGGUUCCAUAACCGACAACCCCAACCGGUCUCCUGGUUUCCAAGCUGAGUGCCUUUACAAGGGCUUGAAGAAACUGGGUGUUGAUCAAUGCGUGGUGGUUGGUUUUAGCUAUGGAGGGAUGGUGGCUUUCAAACUGGCCGAGCUUCAUUCUCAUAUGGUUCGAGCCAUGGUGGUUUCCGGUUCAAUUCUAGCCAUGACAGAUUCAAUCAGCACCUCCACGUUGGAACAACUUGGGUUUUCUUCUUCAUCGGAGCUUUUACUUCCGACGUCGGUUAAGGGACUCAAAGCUCUUCUCACGGUUGCUACUCAUAGAAAACUCUGGUUCCCUAACAAGCUACAUAAGGAUUUCCUUGAGGUGAUGUUUAAUAAUAGAAAAGAAAGGGGUGAAUUAUUGGAGGGUCUAGUGGUUAGUAAUAAGGAUGCCACUAUUCCAAGAUUUUCUCAGAGAAUACAUCUUUUAUGGGGUGAAAAUGAUCAGAUCUUCAAGCUAGAACUUGCUCAAAACAUGAAAGAGCAACUCGGGGACAAAGUAACAAUGGAAGGGAUAAAGAGAGCCGGGCAUUUGGUCCAUUUGGAACGGCCCUGCAUGUAUACCAAAUACCUUAAGAAUUUUCUUGAUUCUUUACCUAACAAUGAAAAACAGGAAUAGCCCAUUCUUGAGGAAGAAGAAGAAGGAUCCCUAGCUAGUAAUUCUGUGAUGUUUGUAUGAUUCUAAUGUGUCUAAGCAUAUAUAUAUAAACUUAAUAAAGUGUGGGUGAUCGAUCAAUUAUUAUUGUUUGCAAUUCUACUUCAUAUUUAAGAAUUUGUAGAGUUAUGGUACCAUUCAAUUUAGAACGUUUUAAAGUUUAAGUAGUAAUUGAAUAUGCGACUUUUGGUAUUUUAAACGCUUGUUCUUUU